AUGGCAGCGCUGGCACGCCUGGUGCUCAGCAAGAACGUGCUCCACGGCCUGAAGGUCUCUGUAUGGGAUGCCGAGGGCGCAGCGUUCCAGGAUGGCGCGAUCGAAGAGUUCUGCAAGGACGCCGGCUGCUACAUAAUCGCGGGCGCUGCCGAGCGCUUCGCAGUGCAGUUCCACCAAUUCACCGUCGAGGCGGAGGAGGGGGAGCAGCUGGUCCUGAGGGUCACGCGCUGCACGCGCGUCCCGCUACCCCCGGCAUACUCGUCAGAAGUCGUCAGCACAGCUCCUGCAGGCGAGGGCGGCGCAGCGCCCACCGCAGCCACGGGGGACGGCCGCGCUGACAAGCGAGCGUCGCAAGACGACGGCGGCGCUGCAGCCGCGGCGCCGUCACCGCUGCCGGCGCGCCUGAGCGCGCAGGCGUCGGCCGUGUCGGAGCAGCUGUCUGAUCUGGUGGGCGCCCGCUUCUCCACCACCGGCAACGACGACGCGUUUGAGGCGGUUGUGCCUGUCAGCAUCCUCAGCCGCCGCGCAUCCUCGCUGGCAGCGGAGCCCGGCGCGCCGGGGGCCGCUGCGUGGCGCACCGGUAGCUGCGACGGCGGCUCUGUCGGAGGUGGUGGACGCGGCGGCACCGGCGCCGUGGCAGGCCAGCCGCAGUGUGAGGGCGGCGGCCGCGGCCAGGGGCGGCCGGACAAUGUGGGCCUGGACGUGCCGCAAGGCUUGCAGCUGGAGCAGCCUGGCGGGCAGCAGGGCAAGGCGCAGGAGCAGGGGGACGCAGGCCACCAGCAGCAGCUGCAGCAGGAGGAGGAUGAGGAAGACGAACAGGAACGGCAGCAACGGCAGCAUCAGGAGCACCUGCAAGCCAUAGACGCACCAGCCGUCGGCGCGGCGCCGGCCUGGUAUGACAGGCCCGACUUUGUCGAUGGCAGCGACGGCGGCGGCUACUGGGGCACGCCCGUCAAGGGCGGCACGCCCCAGGGCGGCCCGUCCACGCCCAAGCAGCGGCACCAGCAGCCCGGGGCCAGCCAGGCGGGCGGCGGGUCCCUGGGCGCCGCGCUGAUGCGGCGUAUGGCGAACUUCCAGGAGAUCUCGCGCAUGAUCUCCGAGGACAAGGCGCCGCCUUCUGGCACAGAGCAUGAGCAGCCUGAAGAGCACCCGCAGCUGGGGCCGCAGCCGCAAGAGCAGCAGCAGCAGCAGGAGGAGGAGGAGGAGGAGCAGCAGCAGGACGACGAGGGGACGGCGCGCGGCGCAGCGGCGCUGCUGCCGGCGGUGGUCGGGGGCGACAGCGACCUCCCGAUCGCGUCGGCGUUCGCGGACGCAGAGGAUGGCAUCGCGGAGGUCGACGCGGACGCGGUGGGCCUGCUGGCUGGGGAGAGCAGCUCUGAGUACGGCCUCGGUGCAAGCAGCGCCGCGGACGACGGGGCGCCCGACGUGGGGCCGCGGCCGGCGUCGGGGCGGAGCUCUGGGCGGGUCAGCCGCGCCACGAUCGACCAGGAGCUCUCCGCCACUGGCGACCGCCUGAUGGCGGACGCGCAGCCCCUCAGCAGCCGCCGCGCGAGCCGCACCUCGGCCCGCAACUUGCCCGCCGACGGCCCAGCCGCGGCGCCGCCGCGCGGCGCCUCGGCUGGCGGCGCGGCGGCGCCGUCGGCCGCGGGCAGCAGGCGGGCGAGCCGGACGGCUUCGGCCCGUGGCAGCGCCGCGGAUCAAGGCGUGGGCGGCGGCUUUGGGCUGGCGGCUGCUGGCGAGGAGCCCUACGUUCCAGGCGCGCCGCUGCACGUGCCCGGCCCGGGCAGCCACCGCACCAGCCGGACGCUCUCAGGCCGCCUGCCGCCAGACCAAGAGCACGGCGCCGCACUGGCGGCCGCAGCCGCGGGUGACGCGGACCCUGACGUCGUCCCACGCGCGCAGACCGCGCCCGGCGGGAUCCCCAGCCGCCGUGCCAGCCGCGCGGCGGCGGGGUCGGGGCGCGGGACGCCGGACAGCGACGGGUUUGGGCUGAGCGGGUUUGAGGAGGACGCGCCGGAGCCGGUGCCGCCGCCUGGGCAGGAGCUGCGCCGCCGCUCCAGCGGGUUGCAGGUCGCCGGCGUUGCUUGGGAAGCUGCAGCUGCGGGCUGGGGUGGCGCGGAUGCUGAUGUCAGCACGACGCUCGCGGACGAAGGCGCCGGUGCUGCUGCUGCGGCGGUGGCGGCGGCGGCGGCGGCGGCGGCAGUGGGCAGCCGAGCGACCCCGCGCGUGUCCUUUGACGGUUUGCCAGCCCGCGGCAGUGGCGCAGCGCCCGGCCGGGUCGGCGGGGCGGCAGGUUCGGACGGGCGGCCAGGCGCUGGCGAGUGGGGGUUCCGGGGGGCACCUCAAGGUGCAUCUGGGCCGCUGCAGGAGGCGGUGGAGGCUGCGCCGGUUGACAGCUCCGUUGAGGCCCAGCUCAGCAGUGUCAGCGGCGCGGCCGACAGCAAUGGGCCCCUGCACGGGCGUGAGUGCGAGAUGGAACCCCUGGCGUCAGGGGCGGCGGCGGGCGGCGGCCGAGGGCCCGAGGCGCCUUCCGAGGGCGCGGCCUCAGGGAGAGAGGCUGCGGUCUUUGGAGGCGGGGCGCUCGGGGGCGGCCUCAUGCGAAGGGCGGCGGACUCGUUCGCCCUGUCGUCAGUUGACAGCUUUACGUGCCCUGCGUUCCCGUUCGGCGGCGGCGGCGGCGACGGCAGCGGCAGCGGCAGCGGGAGCCGCCCAGGCAGCGCUUCAGGCACGCCGGCGGCGAGCGCUGCGCCCAAGGGGGCAACUGGGGCCACCUCCAACCUCGCGCACGUGUCGGCGGGGCUGUACGGGGGCGUGGGCGCCGAUCUGGCGGCGGGCGCGGCCGGGGCUUGCGAGCUUGGAGAGCGGCGUGAGCAGCCUGCGGAGGCGGCCACACAGCAGCUGCCCGCGGCCGGCAAGGGGAGCGGCGACAGCAUCGCCGGGGCGCUUCCCGGGGGCGCGAAGCCCAACCCAUUUUUCGAUGGCUUCGGGUCGUUCUUCCUCAGGCCACUGGACGCCUUGAGCCGCGGCGGGUGCGACGCUGAGGAGGAGGUCGGCAGCGCCCGCAUCGGCACGCAUGUGGAUCCCUCAGACCCCCAGGAGCAGUCUCGCCCGUCCCUGCUCUUCGACGCGGCCUGCCGCGCGUCGGCCGCGGGCUUCUGCCUCGGGCUUGGCGACGGCCUCGCGGCACGAGAGCAGGCGGGGCCGAGGGGCGCGGUGCAGCGGCUCGAGGCGUUGGGCAUCAUGGGGGCGCCGGCGGCGCAGCUGGAGCGGGAACGUGCCGCGGAGCAGGCGCACGCGGACGCGCAUGCGCUCGCCGCCGCGUCGGCGGCGGAGCUGCAGCAGCGGGCGCAGCGGGGGGCGUGGGGCUCGCAGGCGCAGCCGUUUGGCGGCGUGAGUAUCCACGAGAUAUCGCCGGCAGCAGACGCGGACGGCGCCACUGAUGACGCAGCCGUCGCCGGGGCACGGCAAACAGCGGCACCAGGGGGCCUGCGGUCCUGGUUCCAGCGGGCCCCGCAACAGCAGCAGCAGCAGCAGCAGCAGCAGCAUUGUGAAGGCAGCAGGAUUGCCGUGUCCCACUUUCCUGGCGGGCCCAGCAAUAGCGGGAGAUCCGGCCACACCUCCGACAAGGGCGCAGCUGCGGCGGGGGAAACGCCGCUGCGCGUCAGUGCAGCGCUUGAUGGCGCCGAGGAAGCGGGUGCCGUCAGCAACGGCGGCGGAAGCGGCGCGCUGGUCGGCGCGGAGGCCCCUGGGCUCGUACGCAGAGCAGGGUCUGGGCGGCUUGCAGCAAGCGCGCUGUACACCCAGCAGCAGCAGCAGCAGCAGCAGCAGCCACUGGUGCACCCCGUGGCGAAGGGUGUGGAUGACAGCCGCGAGGUUCAAUACACCUGGGAUGGUGCUGGGCGGACGCUGGUGGGCAUGCCUGCUUAUGCGGAGGGCGACGACGACGACUCGGCGCCCCUGAUGGUGUCGCGCCACAUCGCCGACACGCUUGUCAACGCGCUUGCAUCGGAACAGGCACCCCGCUCCCCACACCUGCAGCGAUCCCAGGCCACGGGGGUGGCGCUGCACGCGCUGGCGGCCAACGGCGCCCAGUGGUACUCCAACACCGCAUUCGCGCUGAUGGGGGCGCAGGUCGGCGCGGCGUUCCUGCCGGCUGGCGCGUCAGCGGCGCGGCAGCUGCUGGUGGUCUUUGCCCUCUUCGCAGCUGGCCACCUCCUGCGGCCCGUCGGCGCGCUGCUGUGGCCGGCCGUCCGGGCGCGAGGCGGCCGGCCCGCGGCCGCCUGCUGGGCGGCGGCGCUGUCGGCGUUCCCGGCCGCGCUUAUAGGGUCGAUGCCGACGUACCAGCAGGCAGGCUUUGUGGGCAUCGCAUUCGCCGCCGCGCUGCGCUUGGUCCAGGGCGUCGCCCUCGGCGCAGACCUUGCUGGCCCUGCGAUCCACCUGGCAGAGCGGGCCCCCCUCCAACUCGGCCUCCACGCCGCCGCCGUCCCCGCGACCGCGGCGCUCGGCGCGCUCGCGGCCGCGGUCGUCUGCCUGUUCGUAACCUGGGUGCUCGGCGCCGCGGCGCUCGCGGCGUGGGGGUGGCGCGUGCCGCUCGUCGCGGGCCUGGCGGUGGAGGGCGCGUCGCUGGCGCUGCGGCUGCUGGUGCUGCGGGACCCUGAGGAGGGGUUGGGCGCGGCCGAGCUGGCGGACCGGCGCGGCGUGGGGCUGGCGCACGUGCUGAGGCUGGAGUGGACCCGCAUCCUGGCAGUGGCUGCGAUGGCCGCCUUCCCGGCAGCCUCCUUCUACCUGAUCGCCGUCAUGCCCCCCGCAUUCCUCUCGGGCCUCGCCUCAAUGGCGCCCCCCGUGACUCUCGUCAUCCAAUGCGCCAACUUGCUCGUCCUGACGCCCGCGAUCCUUCUCGGCGGGUGGCUGGCAGGCCGCCCCGCCGGGCCCCGGCCCGUGCUGCUGGGCGGCUGUGGCGCGGCAGCUGCGCUCGGCUACCCCCUGUGGAUGCUGGCUGGCGGGGGCAGCGGGCGUCCGGCGGCGGCGUGGGUUGGGCAGCUGCUGCUGGUAGCGGUGGCGGGGACGGUGCAAGGGGCAGCAGUGCAGGCAGAGGUGGCAGCGCUGCCGAAAGGGGCGCGUGUCACCUGCCUCAAUGUGGCGUACGCCCUAGCCGGCGCCUUUGCUGGCAGCCUCGCGCCCCUCCUGGCCGUCGCCUUGACGGCCGCAAGCUCAAACCUGGCGGCGCCUGCAUUUGUCAUGAUCGCCGCAGCGUUGCUCAGCGGCGCCGCGUGUUGGAUGCACGUUCCCGGCGUCAAACCUUGA